AUGUCUAAUUUGAUCAUCUAUUACCUUUGCAUCCAAGUCUUGUUGCAAACUGUGUAUGGUCAGUGUUUGGGACGUGAGGAUUACAGUGGAAACCAUAUCGGCACGUGUAUCGCCCCCCUCGGCGGGUCUGACUACGGGCCUGUCUGCUACGGCGGCUCUAGGAAGUACGGCGGGUCUGGCCUAGGCAGUCUGGCUAUCGCUGGCGAGCUCCCAGUCGCUGGUGCCGCCACUGUAGGCGGACACGUGCCUGUCAUUGGUGUUGUAGAGUUCGGUGGGCGGGCCCGUGCCACUGGUGUGAUCUUCAUCAUCGGCCACUGCUUUCCUGCCUGCAGAUGCGGGGGAGCUUCUAUCUUUGACUGA